AUGGCAUCGAUGGAAUGCAUCCCACCCCCCGCCCGACGGGGAUGGAGCCCGAGGCUGGUGGCGGACACGGAGCCGGGGGCCUUGGACGGCUUCAUCGAGAGGAUCCUGCUGCCGGACACGCAGUUCCGACUACUGCUCCGCAGGGCCGUCGGGGACAUCUGCGAGUUCCUCAAGCGGAGUGCCUUCCUGGACGCCCGGCCACCCGUCCGCGUCCUCAAAGUCGUCAAGGGAGGGUCAUCGGACAAAAGCACCUCCCUGAAAGGCGGUUCUGACGCUGACCUGGUCGUGUUUGUCAGCUCCCUCCAGAGCUACCAGCAACAACUCGACGACCGGAAAGAGAUCCUCCAGGAAAUCAGGAAACAGCUGAAAAUCUGGGGAAAAAAGCAAGGCUUUCAAGUGAAAUUUGAGAUCUCAAAGCAUGACAACCCUCGGGUGCUCAGCUUUAGACUGAUAGCAAGAGACGACAAAGAAUGGGUGGACUUCGAUGUGCUGCCAGCCUACGAUGUCUUGGGUGAGAGCCCACUGAAGAAGAAGUAGAAAUAUAAAAAUAGGAGUCGUA